AUGAUGGCAGACAAUAAUUUAGUAAGACAUUUAAAAGCAUGUGAAACAAUGUCAAAUGCUACUUGUAUUUGUUGUGAUAAAACAGGAACUUUAACUGAGAACAGAAUGAGUGUAACUAAUAUUUGGAUUGGAAAUGAAGUUAUGGAAGUUGAUCAAACCAAUAAAAUACCAAUAACAGGAGAACUUCUUCAUCAUUUAAGUGUUAACAUUGGUAUUAAUACAUCAUUAUCAUCUAACAUUACAUCAUCUAAUCAAGCCAUUGGAAAUGAAACUGAUUGUGCUUUGUUGUUAUUUUUAAAAAAGAUAGCAAUGUCACCAUCAUUAAUAAGAAGUACUAAUACUAUUUCAAGGCAAUGGGUAUUCAAUUCAGAAAAUAAAAGAAUGGACACAGUUAGUGAUAAUUGUAUUUAUUCAAAAGGGGCUCCAGAAAUCAUUAUUGGAGAAAGUAUGUAUUAUUUAAAUCAAAAUGGAGAAGAAGCUGAAUUUUAUGAAGACCAAAAAGAUCAAAUUAAUCAAAUUAUUGACCAAUGGGAAAAUAAAGGAAAACGGGUUAUUGCUCUAAGUUAUAAAAAGAUGGAAGAAAAAGAGUUUCAAGAAUGGAACAAUACACAAAGUAACGAAAAAAUUAAUAUCAAAAAUACCUGUUUACUUGCUAUAGUUGGUAUUAGUGAUCCUGUCAGAUUAGAAGUACCUCAUGCAAUUGAUAGUUGUAAAAAUGCAGGAAUUAGUGUUAGAAUGGUAACUGGUGAUCAUGUAAAAACAGCCCUAGCUAUUGCUAAGGAAUGUGGUAUUGUAGGUGAAUGUCAAAUUAUUGAUAAAAACUAUAACUGUUCUGGAAAUGUUGAUAUUGCUAUGAUGGGAAAAGACUUUUCUCUAUUAAGCGAUGAAGACGUUGAUAGAAUUUUGCCAAGACUCAAAAUAUUGGCACGAUGUUCUCCACAAGAUAAACAAAGAUUAGUUGAACGAUUACUUAUCUCAGGUGAAGUAGUUGCUGUUACAGGAGAUGGUACCAAUGAUGUUCCAGCUUUUAAAGAAGCUGACGUUGCUCUUGCUAUGGGAUUAAGAGGGACUGACGUAGCAAAACAAGCAGCUGACAUUGUUAUUUUAGAUGAUAAUUUCAAUUCUAUUGUGAAAGCUGUUAUUUGGGGGAGAUGUGUUUAUGACAAUAUUAGAAAAUUUAUUCAAUUCCAGGUUACUGUUAAUAUUGUUGCACUUGCACUUUGUGUAAUUGGGUCAAUUUGCCAAAUGGGUUCUCCAUUAAAUUCAAUGCAAAUGUUAUGGGUUAAUUUAAUUAUGGACACAUUAGCUGCAUUAGCACUUGGGACUGAAAAGCCUACAACAGACUUAUUAAAACGAAAACCAUUUAAAAGGACAGACAGUUUAUUAUCAAAACAAAUGUUAAUUAAGAUUGCAAUACAAGUUACGUAUCAAUUGGGAAUAUUACUAACUAUUUUAUUCUUUGGAUCAACAUUUAAAUUUAUUUCUGCACCUUGUGGGUAUAUUAGUACUAUUGAAGAUUAUCCAGGAAAGGAGUAUAUUUGUAAUGACAAUAAAAAGCAUACCAUUAUUGAUGUUCAAGAAGACACUAUAACAUUACAAACUAUUAUUUUUAAUACUUUUGUAUUUUGUCAAAUUUUUAAUGAAGUUAAUUCAAGAAGAGUAAAUGGAGAAACUGAUGUAUUUAAAGGUAUUUUUACUAAUUAUAUCUUUAUUGGAAUAGAACUACUCCAAAUUAUUGUUCAAACGUCAAUUGUUAUUUUUUCUGGUGCUACAUUUGGUGUGAAGCCAUAUCCUGGAAUUAGUUUAACUCAGUGGGGAGUUUGUAUUUUACUUGGAUUGGUAUCUCUACCAUUAGGAUUGUUAAAUGGGUUUUUCAAGGAAAAACUAACUAAUAAAACAAUUUCAGUGUUUGAUAUAGAAGAAGUUGAAAUGAAAAAUAAUAAAAAGAGUGAUAAUGACAAAUGGGAAGAUGAAAAAAUUAAUUGUACUGAAGAAAACAAUGAUUUUGAUAAAGCAUUUGAAACAAAUUCUGAUGAAAUUUCUUUGACUAUGAAUUAA